GACUGUGGGCCUGGGGUGGUGCAGGAGCCACAUAAAAGUGGGUCCUUCUCCUCACUCUCUCAUCCACUCCUCUCAUCUCCAGCUCCUUGGGACUCCAGCUCCUUCAGACUCGGUGCAGCUCCAGCCACAAGACAUGUCCUGCUACAACCAGUGCCUGCCCUGCCAGCCCUGCGGCCCAACCCCGCUGGCCAACAGCUGCAAUGAGCCCUGUGUCCAGCAGUGCCAGGACUCCAGAGUUGUUCUUGAGCCCCCAGCUGUGGUGGUGACCCUGCCCGGCCCCAUCCUCAGCUCCUUCCCGCAGAACACCACCGUGGGCUCCUCCACCUCCGCUGCCGUUGGCAGCAUCCUCAGCUCUCAGGGAGUGCCCAUCAACUCUGGGGGCUUUGGCCUCUCUGGCUUGGGGAACCGCUACUGUGGCACGAGGAGACAUUUCCCCUGCUAAAGUUGUUCUAGAUGUCCCUGCAGAGGGCCCCCAAAAACCCACAAGAUGGUACUAGACUAGGGAGGGAGCAUCAGGUUGUUGCUUUCAGAGGGGCUGAGCAACCUCAGCACCACUUGCAAAAGGAUGAGGCCAACCUCUCAGAAAGCAUGGCCUAUGCCGCCUUUCCCCAUUUCCAGUGUCCCCCCUUCCUCUUGUAUUCUUGUUCUCUUGUGAUACCCUGGACUGUGAGCCUCAGAAAGAAAGCCUAUGGAGGACCUGAUGGUCCUCCUAACACUGUAAGACAGGGAGAUGGACACCUUGUUGAAUCUCUUCUACAGGCAUAGCGUAUAGGUUCCUGUCUGAGUUGGUGCUCCCUGCUCCAAGAUCUCCACUGAGAACAACCUGUUUUCCUCUUCUGCCUCAUUAAAGUUCUGCUGCAUCCCA